CGCCUCCUGCCUCCAUGUCGACUCGGAAUCCCUUCAAACGCCUGGCAGCGCGCGCCACGGGCGACAAGCUGACUCCACAGGCAACAGGAACGUCAACAUCGAUGUCGGACCCGUUCAUCUCGCCCAACCCCACGGGGACGACGGUGUCCGAGGCUCAGAGCCUCACGGUCGAUGGCAAGCAAGGCCAGAAUCAGGAUACCUUCCAUGAUCAAGCAGAUGCCUCGAGCGACUCGGCAGGCGCUUCUGCCAGUACCUCUCAUCAUGACGUCGCGGACGCGAUGAGCAACUUGACGAUCAGCACGCAGCCACCAGCCCUCCCACCGCGACGAGAGACCGUGGACGACGAAACCCCUCCCGAUACACCGCAAGCACCGUCUCCCACCGCAUCUCCUCCCCCUCACACGCCCCCGCGCACCCCCACGCAGACGCAGCACAGCCCUCCCCAUCAGUCAUCUGCGCCUACGUCUAGUUCCCCGCCACCUCUUCCGCCGCGUCAGGGAAGCACGGCGACGUAUGUGCCACUGUCUUCGCCGCCUACAGGAGCGACCCGCACAUCUCCCCCGACUGCUGGACCGUCCGCGAACACUCGCGCGUCAUCGCCUCCUCCGCCAUCUUUCAUGUCGAUAGACGAGGAUCCUCCUGACUAUACGCCAACCCCCGAUUAUAGACACGGGGAGGAGACCCUUGAAUACGGCCCUUCUCGUCCCUUUCAGAGACCCCAGCCCACUGCACAAGGAUAUAAUGGCUGGACCGCCCAAGCGCAACGCCCUCAACACACCGGCGCCUACCUCUCGCCCCAUCCAACCGGCGUCUUCCUCUCACCCCAGCCCACCGGCAGCGGCCGACGCCCUUCGCCCGGCGGUCUGCUCGGCCAACUAGCAUCUGCAGUCGACCGCGCGCUGGAAAAUCUGGCUACCCCUCCAGGCUCGACAUACGGGCCGGGGUACGGGCAGAGACCGCCCCAACCGCCCAUUCCGCCCGUACCGCCCAUGCCUCCGCGACCACCCAUGUCGCCGAUGGGCAGACCACCUAUGCCGCCGCAGCAGCCUCGACCUCCGCCUGCGCCGGGGGCGCCGCCUCCUCCGCCGUUGCAUCCGCAGCACACGGGACUGAGGCCUGAGUAUACGGGGCUGAGACCUCAGCCUACGGGCAGCGCACCACCGCGCCCCGAAUCUGACUUCGCGCGCGAUUUCUACGCGGCGGGGCCUGCUGAUGUGAACGGGGUACCUCAAUCGUCGUCCACGCCGCACCUUUCUGCGCCCGCGGGCUCUUCGCCAACUGCGGCAUCUCCCUCUAGCGCCAACAACAGCCACAGUCGCGCCACUUCUAGCCCAUCUUCCUCCAACGCUGCCUCCACCAACCUCCGCCCCACGACUACGCCUACGCCCGGCCAUCCGCUCCUGCGCGACAACCGGGUCCUCGUCUACCCCGCGGGAUACGAGUGUCCUAAGUGCGGCAACACGGGAUACAAGCACGGUGACCCCGACCAGCCCUGCAAGCGUUGCUGGCGCAAGUACGGUCGCGCGUACGAGGGGGCGCUCACGUAUGCGGAUUUUGGACCCGGAGGGGAUGGAAGGAUGCAAAGGCCGCUGAGGGCUCAACAACCCCCGCAGCAAUCGCAGUCCUUUUCAGGUAGAAGACCGACCAACGGAGGACCUCCCGGCGCCGCGUACCAUGACCGGCGACCAGGCUCGGCAGGCGCGUCGUUCGGUCGGCCGCAACCUGCGUCUUUCGGCCCCAGCUACUCGCGCGUACCCGGGACGGGCCUGCGCGUGCCCGCGAAUGGACCGCUGCUCGCGCAUCGGCCGUCGUGGUCGGCGGGGACGCCGUCAGGGGCGUGGGGCUCGCCUGCGGGAGCGUGGGGUGGUGGGCCACCUAUGCGGACAGGAUACGGGGCGGCGCCGCCGGGCGCGGUGGUGUACGCGCCUGGGGAUCCGAGGAUCGGGGGCAGGCCGUGCUGGAGGUGCGGGGGUGAUGGCACGGUCUCCUCUUUCUUCGGCUUGGACGAGGAUACGUGUAAUGUCUGUGGAGGUAUCGGACAAUGUUCUAUAUGUACGUCUGCCUCUGCCUCCGGACAUGCGAUCAUGAACUGGGGAACCGAGGACGUAGCCCCAGGGGACGCUGGCGAGGCGCUCUGUGCGCUCUACGUCUCCCGCCACCCCCUCGAUGAGCCUUUCUACCAGCCCGCAAACCUCCCCAUCUACAUCGCGCUCGGCCAGUAUGGCAUGGGCCCGCUCGUCAUCCGCGAGCUCGCCGAGGAGCGCUCGCUGACCGCCACGGAAGCGGAGCACCGCGAGCUCACCAAGCGUCGAGACCCGGCCGCUGUGGUGCCCGACCCCGACCUGAAGAUCACGAUGUACGCCGUGCGGGAGCUGGAGAGGAGAAACGCCCUCGACGCGCGCGCGAUCACGCUGUUCUCGCUCGUCUGGGAGUGCGUGGUGGUCAAGCGGAUGGCCGCGCUGCACCAGGGGCCCCAGCUCGACUCGCAAAUUCAGUGCGAUCCAGACAAGUACGCCAACGCACGCGCGUCCAGCUCCCCGCCGGCUCUCACUCCCACCGGCACCCCACAUCCCUCCCCCUCCGGCCCCUUACCUAUGCCCCGCUGCACGGAUGACGACCAAAAGGCGCUGUAUAACCGCUUGCUCGCGGACUAUCGCUCCUUCGACGUAACGAGCCCCGAUCUGCAGGACGUGCGCUGCGCGCUGCCCGAGCUCGAGCAGGCGGGCGUGCUCAAGCUCGUGUACGGGCCACAUCAGCUGGAGGACGACGAGAUCGAAUACCAGCGGCCAGUGCUGUGGUUUGUGCACCGAUGUUUGCACAAGGUUGCCGCGCUCGGGCAGUACGUCAAGGAGGAGGACGUGGUGGCGGCAGCGACACGGACAUUUGUAGAGGCGGUUCGGUGACGAGGGUGAUAUACAUAGGACUGUACAUCUUGGACUGUUCGCUUUUGUACUUGGCUCUGCUCUCGUAUUUAUGAAAGAUUGCUGUCCUCCUCUCCCUAAUAGCCUGAACUUCGCGCAAAAAGGCCUCUGUCUCCGAAAAAUAUAGAAGUGAUUCAGAC